AUGGUUACAACUUGUUCUUCUUUCAUUUCUGAAAUGGAACUCAAGUUUGUACUUAACCUAGUUUCGGUCAUUGUGUUUCUCUCCUUCGUGUUCUGCAUAUACACAUUACGGAGAAGAUCAAAAUCUGCAAGAAGGCAAAAGUUGCCGCCCGGUCCGUGGAAAUUACCCCUCAUCGGAAGCCUGCACCAUUUCGUGGGUGGUUCACUUCCACAUCGUUUUCUUAGAAAUUUGUCAAGAAAAUAUGGACCCAUAACGCACCUGCAGCUGGGCGAAAUCUCCACCAUUGUCAUAUCUUCUCCUGAACUGGCAAAAGCAAUAACUAAUACCCACGACCUCGUCUUCGCCAACCGGCCAAAGAUGAUGUCCUUCGACAUUGUGUAUUACAAGUGCACAGACGUUGGGUUUUCACCCUACGGCGAUUAUUGGAGGCAGAUGAAAAAGAUAUGCGUGUUGGAGCUGUUGAGCUCAAAGAUGGUCAAAUCAUUUGGUUCCUUUACACAUGAGGAAGAGCUUUCGGUGCUUAUAUCGUCGAUUAACGCAGGAUCUCCCGCUCCCAUCAACUUGACGGAAAAGAUAUGUUGGUUCACGAGCUCGACGAUUGCUAAGGCCGCGUUUGGAAGACUGCGCCGUGAAUAUCAAGAGAGGUUCAUUGUCCUUGUGAAAGAAGCGCUGUCCUUAGCCGGGGGAUUUGACGUGGCAGAUAUGUUUCCGUCCAAAGAAAUGGAUUCAUUACAUUAG